CUCUCCCACCCUCUUCCAGUCUUUCUCUGCUUCCCUGUCACUGUUACUCCAGGAGACGUUCACUUUUCACCAACCUUUCUCCAAGCAUCUCCAGGCCACUGACUCUAUAUAUUUUGCUACAAGAGCCAUAGGAGGAGGGAAAAAGCCAGAGACUUUUCAACACACCAUUAAAAAAAGAAACAAACGAAUUUUUCAAAAUGCUCGAGGACAAUUAAAAGGAAAAAGCGUUUUUGAUCUACCAGCUAAGUGAACAAUCAGUCAUAUCAUCCUCGACCUGAGAUACCGUCCCUCUCUGUGGGCACCGGCAAGAUGACAGCUGCUUUUUCAUUCUUGAAUGUAAUAAACAAUUGCUGCUUUUAAUAUUUUUCCGGAAUUUUCCCCUCGCUAUUCCCUGGGAUUUUAACUCUAAAAGAUUGGAGAAAAGACUGUUCAAAGGGCUUUUGCAAGCCUCCAAAAUGAUGCUGAGCCCGGACCAAGCCGCCGACUCGGACCACCCCAGCUCGGCGCACUCGGACCCGGAGUCGCUGGGCGGCGCGGAGGCCAAGGUCCUGGGCAGCGUGUCGGACCUGGAGCCGGCGGAGGACGCCGAGGCGGACGGCAAGGGCGGCGGCCGCGCCGCGCUCUACGCGCACCCGCAGCAGCUGAGCCGCGAGGAGAAGCGGCGCCGCCGGCGCGCCACGGCCAAGUACCGCUCGGCGCACGCCACGCGCGAGCGCAUCCGCGUCGAGGCCUUCAACCUGGCCUUCGCCGAGCUCCGCAAGCUGCUGCCCACGCUGCCGCCCGACAAGAAGCUCUCCAAGAUCGAGAUCCUGCGCCUGGCCAUCUGCUACAUCUCCUAUCUCAACCACGUCCUGGACGUGUAGGCGGGGCGGGCCGGGCGGGGACGCGGCGGCCGGGA